AUGUACCAGAAUACCAAGUGGCUCCAGGUGAAAGACGCGUCGCAAUCGCUCCUCUUUCAGCAAGGCACCGUUGGCGACGUGGUAAGCGAUCGUUGAUGAUUCAACUGAUUUUGAAAUCUCGAUCCACUUUUUCAGAGAAGUGUGAGACUUACGUUCCAAGAUCCAAGCCUCGGACUGCAGAUUCUCUGCUACAACAGCAGCCUGUUUCAGGCCGUCGCUGAGGCCCAGAACGUGGAUAGGGAGACGAAGCGGACUCGCGAGGUGCAGUUCAACCGACAGCACACUCCGUUCCUCAUGGACUUGGACCUGUCCCAAACGGCCCGCAAAGCUCUAAGCGAAAAGGGCCAAGACGAAGCUCAUGAGACUCUCCUCAAUCUGACCAACUUCACAAAGGUCUUCCCCAUGGAUCACUUCUACCUCGGAAUGCUCACUUUGGCCGGGAAGAAAAGAGUCCCCGUCAAGGAUGUUCUGGAGCUCAUCCCGCUCGUUUUGGCUCUUCAGGGAGACGGCGCCAAGCUCGACACCGCCGGGUACAAGGACGACAUGACGGAGGCGCAGAGCAAUUGGAAGAACAUCUCGACGAUUCCGCUGGACAAGCUCAGGGCGGUCCUCCAGAAGUUUGACGUAGACAAGUCGAAGCUAAGGGUGAUAAUUGACUGAUGGGAAGUACUGUUUCGGUUUUUUUCAGCUCGUCAACGAUGUCGCCUCGAAAUUCCCGAUCCGAAUGUGA